GGCCUGGUGGGAGGGGAGGAGGAAGAGGAGGAUAUCAUAAUCACCAUGGACCCCCUGGGGGGCAUGGGGGCGGACCGCCGCCUAUGCGAUUUGGCGCUGGACCGGUGAAUAGCCAUGUGCACUUCGGCAGCGAUGGGAGCGCUUGGCCUGCUGCUGCUGCUGCCGGUGGGCCGCCACAGGCUGCAUACGGCGGAUACGGCGCUGCAGCCCCAUACGGUGCGCCGCCUCCGCAGCAGGCGAACCCUUACGGCUACGCCAAUGGUGGUGCGUCGACUGGUGGAUACGGGGGAUAUGGCGGGUACGGUGGCGGCGGCGGAGGUGGUGCUGGUGCAUACGGAGGGUACGGGGGCGCAGCGCCGUAUGGCAAUGGGCAAGCUGCGGCCGGUGGAGGGUAUGGUGGAUACGGCGGGUAUGGAGGGUACGGUCAAGGUGGAGGAGGAGCCGCGCAAGGUGGUUACGGCGCUACGCCAAGCGCUGCGCAAGCGUACGGGGGAGGAGCAGGCGGGUACGGCUAUGGUGGGUACGGUGGGUACGGUGGUGGUGGUGGUGCAGCUGGAGGUGCUCCUCCCGCCUCAUACGGCUCAUAUGGCGGGUACGGCCAGCAACAAGGCGGGGCGCCCGCGCGAGGUGGGUACGGCGGUAAUCCUUACUCGAGAGGAGGCUACGGUGGCGGUGCGGGCGGGCAUAGACGUUAGCAGGAUAGCAGAACACAGCACAACACAGUUCAGCACGGCGGGACAGGCUUUGGUCUCUCUUUCUCUCUCUCAUAUUCUGUACAGUACGCCUCGCAAUCGCUCCUCGAUAUGAAAAGGGGCAGCUCAAGAGAUUCUCCUCUCUCUGUCUACUAUCAUUCCAUCCAUCCAUCUCUACGUCUCUGCCUUAUCUCGCCCUGUCCCGCGGCUCUUUGCGCUCAGCUCAGUCUCUGGCGUUGACUGAUCGCCGAUUGGCAAUGAUGGGCUUGGCUGAUGGCGUGGCGUGGCGUGGCACAGCACCGGCGUGGCAUCUUCAUUUUCGACCGACCGACGUGACGUCGCGCCCCCCACCCAACCUCCAUCGCCUCCUCUCGUACGGACGACACGCCCUAGGAUACCCGAGACCGGCUGAGCGGCUUCAUCGGACGGAGAACGCGGCAGUGUCAGACGAGCGGGCGAGCGGGCGGGCGGUCAGCCCAAAGUGGGAAGAGCAGCUGG